UAACGCGCCGCAGUGCCCAUCCGUUAUCGUCCACCGUCUUUCUUUCCGCCCGCGUGUCGGCGCGUUACGUGCGUGUUGCCCGCGCGGCUCUCACACGCCGAGGGAAUCCCGGGCGCGCGCGCGCGCGCUCGCGCGUACACUCGAUACGGACGAUUGUUGGCAGCCGAUCGGCGCGCUCUUGAGGCAGGUCGCGAAGGGGCCUACGUACGAGCCUGGCGCGCGACAUCGUCGUUUUCCCGUGCGCGCUGACUCUGCCGGCGAGGCGAGGCGAGGCGAAGCGAGGCGAGGCGAGAGAGAGAAAGAGCGAACGAGCGAGGCGCGCCUCGAGAGGCGACAAGGCGGUGUCGGCGGUGCUCGCCCCCGAUAUUGUAUCGCUCCGCGCAGAGAGCUGCGCCACACACACGUACCGAGUCACGAUCGCACCCCGCAGUGGUACAGUGUAGGCUCGUGUCCGCCGACGGAGUGUCAGUGCGACGGCGGUCGGUGGCGUGCCGACGGCACGGCUGCGUUAUCCGCGACACUGUGUGCAGUACGGUGCGUGCGUGCGUGCGUGCAUAUGUGCGUGACGUGUGCGUAAAGGCGAGAAGAGAGGCGACGGGCCGGCGGUGAACGUGCGAGGGAGAGGGACGGGCGGGCGCGACGGCGAUGCGGCCGUGAAUCCAAGAUACGUGGCUGCGUUCACGCCGCGUGUGCUCCGCACCGCACGGAUACAACGACGACGACGACAACGACGACGACGACGAGGACGAGGACGAGGACGACGACGGCGACGGCGACGGCGGCACUGGCGGCGACAACGACGUCGGUCAGGGAAUUACGACCGGAGCGACAGAAAAAGGCGCGCGUUUGCACGCGCUCCGAAUUGCCACGCAUUCACGUAACCGCGGCGCGUCUCCUGACGCGUGCGGGCUCCUAGCUCGGUCGACUCCUUCGACCUCCUCCUCUUCCUCCUCGUCGUCACGAUGGCGGACGACGAGGUUCUCUUCGACGAUGUUUACGAGCUCUGCGAGAUUAUCGGCAAAGGGCCAUUCAGCGUCGUUCGGAAAUGCAUUCACCGUCACACUGGGCAGAUUUUCGCCGUAAAAAUCGUCGAUGUCGCAAAGUUUACUUCUAGUCCUGGGCUCAGCACCGCGGAUUUGAAACGGGAAGCUACAAUAUGCCAUAUGUUGAAACACCCACAUAUUGUAGAACUGUUGGAAACCUACAGCUCCGAGGGCAUGUUGUACAUGGUAUUCGAAUAUAUGGACGGCUCUGAUUUAUGCUUCGAGGUCGUAAGACGAGCGACUGCUGGAUUCGUAUACAGCGAAGCAGUUGCAAGUCACUACAUGCGACAAAUCCUCGAAGCGUUGCGUUACUGCCAUGAGAAUGACAUAAUUCAUCGCGACCUGAAGCCGCAGUGCGCCCUCCUGGCUGGCAAGGAAAAUUCCGCCCCGGUGAAGCUGCGCGGUUUCGGCGUAGCCGUGCAACUCCCGACCUCGCAGUCUAAUGGCGUUGCAUGUUACACGACCGAGUAUCGGCAGUGUCUGAGCCCAAAGGGGCAGCUCUACUUGAAGGCCGACAGCGAGGGUCGUGUCGGAUGUCCGCACUUCAUGGCGCCGGAAGUGAUUCAACGGCGACAAUAUGGGAAGCCCGGUGACGUCUGGUCGGCCGGAGUGCUGCUACAUGUCCUGCUAACUGGUACGCUUCCGUUCGUCGGUUCCCGAGACAGGCUGCGGGAAGCGAUCUGUCGAGGGCGGGUGCAGAUGGAGACGGUGCUCUGGGAUCCCAUUAGCGAGCCGGCGAAGGACCUCAUACAGAGAAUGCUCACGACCGACGUGAAUCACAGGAUCACCAUCCAGGAGGUCCUCAAUCACAAGUGGCUCAGAGAUCGUGAUAAGGGUGCGGCCCGUACACACUUAGGUGACACUAUAGAAGAGCUUAAGAAAUUUAACGCGAGGCGAAAACUGAAGGAAGCCGUCAAGGCAGCGGUCUCCUCGUCAAAGUGGCACGCUCCGUAUUCAGAGGCUAAUGGCGACAAUUUCUCUGACGUCGGCGAUGACGAGAUAACUACAGGCGCCGUGGCCGAAAUUGUCGAUUGCUUGGAUGACAUUGAGAUCCUCGAGGAAAGUGAUAGACUAUUGCGGGCGGAAGUUCUCAACACCGUCGACGACCAUCGGCUUCGUGCCAUUUUAGAGCUUUAUGAUAGAAUCUCAGGCCGCAUACCAGCGCCGUAUCGAGCACCGCAGACGGAUGCGGUCCAACGUGCGCGCGAGGUUGAAGAGAUCCUGCGGGAAACGGAGCACUUGGCGGUGCGAAAUAUCGACAGGGCCGAUCUCCGAGAGCUCCACGAACUGCUGGUCCAGCCGCACAUGAGGGCACUUUUACAAGCCCACGACGUUGCCGGUCACGAGGUGUACGGCGAGGAAGCCACCAGAGUAACGCCACCGCCGCUCCUCACGUAUCUGAAUGGCGGCGACGAUCUCGAGGGACAAAACGGCGAUUUAGAUGAGAAAAUCACUCGUGUUAGACUGGUGCAAUUCCAGAAGAACACGGAUGAGCCGAUGGGAAUCACGUUGAAAAUGAAUGAGGAUGGGCAAUGCUUCGUGGCGCGGAUUAUGCACGGUGGGAUGAUCCAUAGACAAGCCACUCUUCAUGUCGGCGAUGAGAUCAGGGAGAUCAACGGUAUACCGGUUCAGAAUCAAUCCGUUAAUGCCUUGCAAAAGAUUCUGCGGGAGGCACGUGGAUCGGUGACUUUCAAGAUCGUGCCGUCGUACAGGAGCGCGCCGCCCCCCUGCGAGGUACAAUUGUUCAGGAUUAAGCCUCUGCCAGUGUUAAUUUUCGUUCGAGCGCAAUUCGACUACGAUCCACUGGAGGACGAGCUGAUACCGUGCGCGCAGGCCGGGAUCGCUUUCAGAACCGGUGACAUUCUGCAGAUCAUCAGCAAGGAUGAUCAUCACUGGUGGCAGGCGCGGAAGGAUAACGCGGCUGGUUCCGCGGGCCUUAUCCCGUCGCCCGAACUUCAGGAGUGGCGCAUCGCUUGCAUGUCCAUGGAGAAGAACAAGCAAGAACAAGAUGCUGAAGGAGAAGGUGGAUGUUCUUCUCACACCGAAGGCUGCGACGGCUCGACAGUAAAUUGCUCAAUAUUCGGCCGGAAAAAGAAGCAAUACAAGGAUAAAUAUCUUGCAAAGCACAACGCUGUCUUCGACCAGCUGGACCUGGUGACCUACGAAGAGGUCGUGAAGCUUCCUUAUCCUGCCUUCCAACGGAAAACUUUAGUAUUAUUGGGAGCACAUGGCGUCGGUCGACGACAUAUAAAAAAUACGAUUAUCUCCAAGCAUCCCGAUAAAUACGCCUAUCCUAUUCCGCAUACAACGAGGCCUCCACGAAAUGACGAAGAAAAUGGUCGUAACUACUAUUUCGUAUCACACGAUGAAAUGAUGGCAGAUAUAGCUGCUAAUGAAUAUCUCGAAUACGGUACGCACGAAGAUGCUAUGUACGGAACUAAGCUCGAAACUAUUCGCAAAAUUCACGAAGAAGGUAGAAUGGCCAUAUUGGAUGUUGAACCGCAGGCACUGAAAGUUUUACGGACUGCUGAAUUUGCACCUUACGUCGUCUUCAUCGCUGCACCAGCAUUUGCAAACGUUACAGACUUCGACGGUAGCUUGGAGCGCCUGGCGAAGGAGUCGGACAUGCUGAAGCAGGCGUACGGGCACUUCUUCGACCUGACCAUCGUGAACAACGACCUCGACGAGACGAUCGCCCAGCUGGAGGCCGCGAUCGAGCGCGUCCACACGACGCCCCAGUGGGUGCCCGUCUCUUGGGUCUACUGACAGCGGUCUUCGCCGAUUCGUCACAUCGUCACCACGGACUGCAACGGCUCGUCGAGGAUGAAGCAGUGAUCGCUGGUGCCACGACGAUCAUCGUACCACGGCCGACCCUCUCGUCGCGGCGAGCAUCCGACGCCGAUGGCCAGCGGCGCCCAGCGGGAACACGCCGCGGACAGCUACGUCGCGCACGUGGGACGUACCCAGCGUACCAGCAAGCACACCCGCCGCCGAUCGGCUCGACGGUGAAGACGGUCCAAGUGCGCGACUAUACGAUGACCGUGUGUUCACGAGACUCUUUUCCAUCGCUGUGUAACUGUUGACUACCAGCCGCGGGAAACGAGGGGAGACACCAGCGACCAGUGUUCGUGGACGUCCUGACGCGCUCGUCAGCGGGGCGUCGGUUCAUCCGGAGACGAAACGCGUCGCCAUCGAGCACGACGAAGGAUCAGUGACGGCGAUGACGUCGUCACGCGCGUCUAGAAACGGACGCUCUUUUUCGCGGACCACCAACUCUCCCCUGCAUCUCUCCCCAUCACCCUUCGCUCCGUCUUCCUCUCUUCAACAAGUUUCAAAGAUUGAAGACGAGGAGCGACGCACCGAUCAGCUGGGACUUCUCUUGAACUGAGACUGUUGAACGAAUGCGUGUCUCUCCCUUCUACUCCGCGCAAAAUCUGUCGCUUCUCUCGACACAUUCCCGGCACGGUUUACGUGCCGAGCUCACACACGCGAAUUUCUCUCAGCGGUUCCACGCUCGAGGCAAUCGGGUUUACGCGAACUGUGCGCAGUGAUACGGCGACAACGAGCGGAUCGAGGAGAUAUCAUGUCGCACGGUCCCCCAUCCGAGCGGCUGCAUCCUCGUGCCCUUUUACCCGCGGAAUCUGUCGACUCUCCGUAAACUGUAAUUGCCUCCUAUCGUACUUUAUCGUAAUUACUUAACGAACUAAAAGAAGCUAGAGACCGUGCGGCACGGCAGUGCCCAUGAAUACACAUACGUGUACACAUAUUCAUGUACAUAUUUAUACGCAUGUAUGUGCAUACAUGUGUACACGUGCAGAGCGAAAGGCGAAGGCCCUGUCGCAAUAACCGCAACCUGCGUUUCCCUGAUCGUUCCAGUGGAGACAAGGCAUAGGAAAUAGGAACUGGUGCACUGCCGGCCGUCCGUCAUUUAACUGUAACUUUAAGCAGUAGAGAACUUCGCCGGUUUUGUCUAGUACUUCUGCUAAUAUCUAACGAGUGUUCAUCUCUCGUCGCGGCCAGUCCCCGCCGCGACGAAUCUACGCGUAUGCGCGAGCGCUUCUUUCGCCCAUCCCCUUUUCCUCGUUUUUUUUCCACCCUCUCUUUCUGUCUACGUCUCUCUCGCUCUAAUCGCCCACCGAGCUUCUCUUACCUUUCUACUUUUGACAAUCGAGACCGCCGUCGGGGCGAGACGGCUCGCUCGCUCGCCCGCUCGGCCGUGCACUCGCCCAGCCCCCUUUCUCAUCCCCCAUUCAUCGCCGUCGUUGUUCACGAGAAUCAUCCUCCGGGUCGCAGAAUCAAACGUUCGCCGGCGCACCGCCGUCGGCCGACGAUCCCUUGUAUCUCUUGAGGCGCCGUACCGCACAUCCCGGACGAAUGCACGGACGGCGGAUACCGAUCCGGCAAGAGAGAAUUAUUACAAGUGCUCACGCGGACGUGCUUGUACGCGAUUGUUAAGUUCGUACAAGCGCACACACAUACACACACGCACACAAACGGACAGGCGCGCACGCACACAAACACACAUACACACA